CAGAUUAAAUAUCAUAAAUUAUGCAAACAUCCGCUCAAAAGGUUAUUCAAGACUUGACCAAUCGAGUACAAGCCGAGAAAGAAGAAUUAGAACAACUUGAAAGAGAACGAGAUUUGUGGAAGUACAAUGCACAAAUGAAUGACAAGGAGGCUUUACGUGGAAAUGAGAGAAAAAAGAAUAUCAUGAAAAAAGGAGGCCCAUUAUGCUAUUUUUGCAACAAGAAUCAUGUCCCUUCACUGUGUAGAACGUACCCAGACGGAAUUUCUCGUCAGAAAAGUUUGGAAAAUCAAGGAAAAUGCAUCAAAUGUCUCAAAAUUGGCCACCAAAACGGAGACAAUUUUUGCGAAAAACAUCACAUUGUGUGUAGAACUUGCCAACAAUCACAUGUGAAGGCAGUUUGUCCAAUUUUAUAUCCGAAAAAGGACACUCCACCUAAAAUAUUGCGGGCUCGCAGACGUUCUCUAAUUCGUGCACAGAAGAAAAAAGACUUCCAGGAGCCAGAAAACAAGCACGAGCAACUUACGAGCACAAAGGCGCCAUGCCAGGAAAAUUGGAGUGAUUUCUAAACGACUAACUAUUCUCACUCAUAUAUCAAGCACCCAAAGUGUUUCCUUCUUCUCAGUAAUUUAUCAUUAAAGUUUCGAGAAAGCCAACCGUAAUAAACCGAUUUUCAAUUC